AUGAUUCUUGUUGACAACUCAAAAUUCUCAUUUGUGGGUUCGAUUCUAGACGCAAUGUUUCGUGAUGUGCCUGUAGCAAGAAAUAUUCUUGAAGCCUACCAGAAACUUCCUGUUUCAAGGUUUCGUCCCUUAACUCCAGAGAUGCAAUCCAUUAUUGUUGAAGCAUACAAGCCCAAGAAAAGGGGUCAGAAAUGGGGUAAAAAAAGGGAAGUCAAAUGGUGCUCAAGAGGGCCCAACUGCUCAAACUCAAACCCCAAAGAAACAAAAAGGCCAGUCUUUGUGAUGUUUCAUCGACUAGAGGGUGUUCCGAAAUCAAGUAGCAUUCUAAAACAAGGGGGAGAUCAACCCAAGAAGACUUUAUCCAAGCCAACCAUCAAAAGCGAAUCUGAGCCUAAAGGCAAAGAAAAGCUUUUCUCGGAAGAACCAAUCAUUGAUAACAAUGAGGGUGAAGAGCUUGAUGAAGAUGAAAUAAAAAAAUAA